AUGGUUGCAAUGGACGCGUCGCAAUUAGUGUUGCGUAUUUUUAAACACGAGUGCAUAGAUUAAUAGCGUUACGUAUUUACUUUCGGGAGUUUUAAAUAUGACGAAGCACUCAUCGCGUUUGAUUCUGUAAAUUUUGCAUUUCACAAUUAUUGCUAGUGCAAUUAGUGUCGCGAAACAAGAUACGGUUUGUUGCUCGAGUUCGUAAUGUAAAUAAUUAUGCAGUAACUCUUCUAGUUGUUGAGUAGAAAAUGCUUGUUUUUUCAGUGGCCUUUCUGGCUACUGUGUCGCGAUUUCUUUUUUGAUAGUCUUUCUGGCUACUGUUUUAGAUUUUUUUUGAUGGUAGCCCUUCUGGUUACUGUGUUAGGUUUUCUUUUUCAGCAUCCUUUACUACUGUAUUUGUUAUUGAAAAUACUGCUAAAAAAUAUAUAUGUAUAUAUAUUUUUAUUACCUUUGUUACGGGUUUUAGAAUGCAGAAUUUUAUUAUAAAUUUUACAUGUAAGUGAUUUCACGUGCCAUAUAUAUAAAAUAAAGUGAGAAAAAUAUUGCAAUAAAAUAUUACAAUGAAAAUUUAAAACUCCUUUUAUAAAAUAAUUAAAUCAAUAGUACUUUGUAGAGUAUCAGUUUAUUUCGAAAUAUGAAUUAAUGUCCAAUUUAUUGUUAUUAGACUCAAUAAUAGUGAUUGUUCGUUAUCAGAGUUAUUUUCUCGAUCUUUCUAUUCUAAAUGUUUCAACAAUAAAAUUUUCAACAAUAAAAUAGUAUUUUAUAAAUAAUCGAGUUUGGUAUGCAUAAAUCUAAAUUUAUUCGCAAUCGCCGUUUAUUUAUAACAAAGAUCUUGCAAUUCAAACGUAUUUUACGCAGUUCUUCUUUCCAUUCUUCGUAUUACGAGUAAACGUUAUAUAACUAGUAUAAACAAAAGUUGAAAUACAAAUUAUAUGAUUUUAAUCGAGUUUCAUCUUUGUAUCAAAGAUAAUUUUUCAAUUUUUGACUUACUCAGUCCAGUUUAAGUUAUUAAAUAUAUAUAAUUAUGGAGUGUAAAGUGUAAUUAUGUUAUCUUGAUAACAACCUAAUUUUCUUUUGUAUGUAUUUGUCGAAUAAAAAAAUAACUUAAUUCAAUUAAUAAAAUAUAAUUAUGAAGUGUAAAGUAUAAUUAUGUUAUCUUGAUAAUAACCUAAUUUUUUUUUUGUAUGUAUAAUAUUUUUUCAAUUACAGGUCUUUUUUAUUCUGUUUUCUUAUUUAAAUUGUAACAUUAAUAGUACAUAAGUUUGUUUCAGACAUAUUAAUUACAGAGAGCAUUAGUUACAGAAAAUAUACAGACAUAUGGACACUAAGAUUUAAAAAGAUAGAAUACGAGUUAAAAAAAGGGGAAAAGAGGAAAAAAUUAUUACGACAGAAUGAUGUUUCAUUCAAGUGGAAGUAAUAGUUAUAUUUUACAGACUUUACUAAUCUUUUACAGUUUCUUAGGUUUGUUUUAGGUACAGAUUACGCAAUCAACAGAAGAAGAUUUUAUGUAACAACAUCAGGAAGAAAACUACAUUUUUUUUUUUGGAAUGAAUAAAAUCACUCACUUUUUUGUAAAGAUGCUAGAUCAUGUUAGGCUAAAUUAGGCUACAGAUAGUUUUAAAUUAGUUGUUAUAUUGUAGUGUACUGUGUUGUGUUGUGUUGUAUUUUAAGUGUUGUAUUUUAAGUUGGUUAUUAGAUUUAUGCUCAAGUAUGGGUGCUUAUAAGUAUGUAAGAUGCGUUAGUAUCUGAGUGCAUGCAUGGUGAAGGUUAGUUAAUAUUAAUUUAAGUGGGAUAAGUAAAAUUCUACAUGAGACUCACAUUUAAACUUUUUAAUUACUGUUACAUAGUCGAAGCUGCGUCUCAUAUAGAAUUAUGUAAUUAGUUUAAGCUUUAAUAUAAUUUCUAUUUUCAUAGAAAUUUAGUUUCCGCGUCGGUUUUCCUUACAGUUCUUUUUAUUGUCCAGUUUGCACAACGAUCAAUUGAACGUUUUGCAAAUGUACGAUAGAAGAACUAUUUGUUCAUGAAUUCAUGUUUCAAAUUAAUAAAUUUUUGUUCGCAAAAGGAGGGUGGAUGGGACGCGGAUAGGGUGGGUCUCCACUCGCAGCACCUCCACGUGGUGAGACCUGGGUAAUCGGUAUUAUUUGACGUAUAAUUACUAAUUGCAUUAUUAUAUAGCUAAACAAUUAA